AUACAUGGGGUCCCUUAGGUGUAUGCUGCCGGUUGGUGGUGAUCAUGGCAUUGGAAACGGUACCUAAGGAUCUGCGGCACUUGAGGGCUUGCUUGCUGUGCUCAUUGGUCAAGACUAUUGACCAGUUUGAGUUUGAUGGUUGUGACAACUGUGACUCCUAUCUCCAGAUGAAGGGGAACCGUGAGAUGGUUUAUGAUUGUACCAGUUCUUCUUUCGAUGGCAUUAUUGCAAUGAUGAGUCCCGAGGACAGCUGGGUCUCCAAAUGGCAACGGAUCAGUAAUUUCAAGCCUGGCGUGUAUGCUGUGUCAGUGACUGGCCGUCUGCCCCAAGGCAUCAUACGGGAAUUGAAGAGCCGUGGAGUGGUCUACAAAUCUCGGGAUACAGCCAUAAAGACCUAAAAAUAUCUAGUUCCUUUUCUUGUAGAUGCUGCCAUAUGGACGAUUCUAAAGAUAUGGAGGAUGAUUUCUACAUGGAUCGGAUUUUUAUUAAGGAC